GUAAUAACUGGUCGAUUGUUGACAUUAUUUAUCUCAAGUAUUCAUGUGCUCUCUACACAUCUGACGUCAAUGAAAAAAAUUAAAACAAAUUGAGUUGACGAGACUCCGGUCAAAAAAUUGCUCGUCAGUGAUUCGUGAUUCCGGACUUCGUCUGAUGUUGAAUACAAAACAGUCACGUCUGUAGGUCACGUCCCUGGUUGGGCAUGCUUUGUGUUACGUUAGUAUUGUUGGUUGUUCACGUUUAGAUGUUCGCGAUGUUGAAUGUUUAGUUUGUGACGAACUGAUGCGGCGAUUUAACCGGAAAAGGCGAGCAGCUGUUCAGUAAUUAAAAAAGACUGAAAAUAGUUCGUUUACUGAAACGUCCUCGAUACAAAUUAAUAAUAUUGGUGAAUAUAGAAUAAAAUUGUAGGUGCUUGCAUGUAUUUGAUAAAUUUUAAGGACAAAAUUAGAGAUGGCAACCCUACAACAUAAAAAAGUAUACGAAGAAACUACAACAACUAUAAGACCGAAAAGGCGAAGAGUUAGGGUUGGUGAUCCAGACUUUGCACCUCCAGAUGGAGGUUGGGGUUGGCUAGUAUGUUUCGCCUGUGGCUUUAGUAAUUUAUGUACCUUCCCGAUGUUCCAGCAAUUUGGACUGUUGUUUCGAGAGAAACUGAACAUAUUGGGAUUUAGUAACACGCAAAUCACAACAAUCAUCAACAUGAAUUCAGCCUUUAACUCUUGCAGUGGUCUUUUAAAUGGACCUCUGUUUAAGUUUUUUUCCUACAGACAAAUCGCUUUCUCAGGGGCAACACUAGUCGCAGUUUCACUUUUUUUAGUAAGAUGGUGCCGAUCAUUUCCAACGUACAUAAUAUUUUAUGCCAUAUUAUAUGGUACUGGAAUAGGAGUCACACAAUCGGCUAAUGCAGUAGCUUUAAAUACAUAUUUUAAAAACAAAAGGCGAAUAGCGACAGGCCUAUCAUGGACAACAACUGGUCUGGGGCCAAUUGUGUGGCCGUACAUUAUCACAGCGCUGAUGAACGUAUGCGGUAUGGAGGGUACUUUGCUAAUUUUUGCGGCAUUUGCUGGUCAUGCAAUCGUAUGUUCCUUGUUGCUACAACCAGUCCACUGGCACACCAAAUUUAGAGAGGAGCCGACUGAAUCUGAAAAACCUUUACUAGAACCAAUAGAAGAAAUAACUACAAAUAAUGAAGUAAAAAAACUGAAAAAAAAUAGAAGUUUACUUUCUGCUAAAUAUUUACGUAAUGAAGAUGAUCCUAAUAAGCCCGGUUAUGAAAUAACAGAACCAGGAACGCCAUGCAUGGUACGAUCUAACGAUGGAUGGUACUCCAGAAGCAGCAGCUUGGUUGGCUCUAGGACGUCACUUUCUUCAGCGAAAGCUUCAAAACCGGGUUCAAAGAAAACUUCAGGUCAAAAUUCAAUAGCCGUCUCACGAGCGUCUUACAGUAACUUAGCAGAUGCAAGAUCUAAGAGAAACUCGUCAGUUAAUUUAGCGGAAAACAAAGAAAGACGAAGAAAAACCUCUCAGCCCCGACCAAAAAUCGAAGAAUCCUUAGCAGAAGACAGUCCUUUAGAAAAAGCUCCACAAGAUUUAAAAGAAGAAGAAAAACAGCUCAUAACACAGCAAGUACAACAAACUGGGGCGUAUCCCAACGAAAAGGAUGUGCUAAAAACUGCAGCCAAACGCCUCCAAGAGUAUAAACAGAAUGAAGAAGAACGAGUCAAUGAAGAACAAGACAAACACACCAAUGGAACUGUUGAAAUUAAAAUGACCCAAGAGCCCGAACCUGAAAAAUUAACCAUACUUGACAAAAUUGUUAUAUUCUUUGACUUGGGUCUUCUAAAAGACCCCAUAUACUUAACCCUUAUGCUUGGAAUAACAAUUGCUAACUUUGCCGAAAUAAAUUUUUCAAUAUUGACGCCAUUUGUACUGGAAGAGUUUAAUUUCCAACAAUACCAGACGGCAACAUUUAUGUCUUUGCUAGGAGCAACUGAUAUUUUAGUGCGUUUCUUUGUGCCUUUUAUUGCUGAUAAAAUUGGCUGGGACAAUAAGACGUUUUUCUUAGUAGGAGUUCUCAGUAUGGCAUUUGGAAGAAUAAUAUUGGUGCAUACUCGAACGUUUUACGUUUCGUUAUUUGUUGCUGCCUUAAUUGGUUGUGGAAAAGGCCUGAGAACAGUGUUUAUGGCCUUAGUAAUACCAAGUCAUGUUCCUCUAGAAAGACUACCGGCUGCUUCAGGACUACAGCUAGCUACAGCUGGACUGUUAUUUUUAUUUGUUGGUCCCAUUAUAGGUUGGGUAAGAGAUUUGGUUAAAAAUUAUGUGAUAACGUUGCAUUUGUUAAAUAUCAUGACAUAUACUACAGCGAUAGCUUGGAGUAUUGAAAUGUGGUACAGCAGUAGGAAAAACAAAGCUAAUAAUGAUGCUGAAAGUAUUAAGAAGUGAUCUUUUUGUUCCGUUUCUAUUAAUCGUUUUAAAUAGAAUUGUAAAUAUUUUUUAUAUUCUUUCGUUAUCAAUAAAGAUUUAAGUUUUUUUGUUA